UGUCUAACGCAUUUCCCAGACAUAGCCUACCUACUAACUAAGCUCAAAAUCCUCAACAAAGACCUCGAACUCCUCGCUUUAUCUUCAGCCAUGUUCUGUGAUAUGCUUGGCAUUUCCUUGACAGUAGUAGGUUUUGCAGCCCUGCAGGCCAAAAAUGACCAUCCCCUGAACCCAUUGUGGGGUACUUUGUCAUCAAUUGCACUUGUGGUUGCCAGGGCAGCAAUUUUACAAAUUUUAAAACGAAAGCCGGAAGGGGAACCUAUAGGGGAGUCGUUAAUUUCUGCCAUUUUCAUCAUUGUUCUGAUAAUUGGCUUCUUGAGUGAGACUAUUGGCCAGCACUAUGUGCUCGGAUCAUUAGUGUUAGUGUAA